AUGAAGUUCUCGUUUAUUUUUACAGCUCUCCUCAUUGUUCUAGCUGAUGCAGAGAAUGCGGAAGGUAUGCGGGAUUGCAGUCGGGAGAGCUAGGGAGGGGUCGGGGCUCAUUCCAUAUUUUAGUCUGAUAUUGGGCAUAUAUUUUUAUCAACCAUUGUGGUCUGAAACGAGCAAUGAGUUUGGUAUGGAUUUUUGGACAAUAAUGCAUAUUUUGACUUUGAUUCCCCUCUUGAAAAUGCGCUUUGAGACUUUUGAUGAAUUUCGAGCACUUUUUAAAUGUCAAGGUAAAUAGACGCAGCUGCUGAGCAGCUGGGAAUAUAUAUCAGAGAACGUGCUGCAUCGGUCUGAUCCUGAAAUAGAAUAGCUAACUUUGGUUCUUGUUCCCGACGCUUUUGUCUCAGAAAUGGGUGAAGUGCACUGGAAACGAGGUUCAAUGAGGUCAAGUGUCAGUUUUGCGUGAAGAAAUCACCACCCGCUGAAAAGUUCCAUUUUCAGUUUCGCAAUGUGGAAAGUACUGUUUGAAGUGGUUUCACACAUUUAAGUAAGUAGACUACUGACACGGGGGGUAUAUCUUGACACAUCAAGAAUCGAUUAAGGAAGGAAAGAACUGAUGUUUCAGAGGAAGUCUUUCAUUGCUAACUCCGUCCUCUCUGGGUUUUUUUAAUAAAAAAUUCCUUAUUUUCUCAUUUUCUCCUUACUUUGUAUCGUCACAGGCAACUAUUUUUCUUGUAUUGCUGGUCUUUAUUCACGUUCAGUUUGUAGCCCAGCCGUUCCACCCAGGUCCACUGAAGUCGCGCGUUACCGGUUUGCGUCCUUUGCACGGAAUAACUUAGUCACUAGAAACUCUCCAUUGCAAAUCAGUUUGUAACGUUUACGAAAUCAUGCCCUAGGCACUUCUCUGAGUGAAAUCACUGCUUACUUCUCUCCACGUGUGCAUCAACAGAGAAUAAGGACUUGAUGGACGCUGAUCUGUUCGAAGGAGACAUUGUACUUGAGCCUGUACAGAGGCUUGCGGUUGACUUAGGAAUAGAGAUACGCGGUAGCAUGGGGAAUCGUCUCUGGCCCAAUGCAAUUGUCCCGUACACCAUUGCUCCAAGUCUGUGUAAGAAAAAUUUUUCAGUGCUUACUAGAGAGCUUUAGACUUGAGGACGAGAACUGAAGUACGAGAUUUAACUUAAAAAAGAGACCUCCAGGAAAACUACAUUUUACUUUUUAUUUUCUCCAAAAAAGUUAGUACGGUUAUUUAUACUGAAGGAGGUUAAACCCUCUCCCGAUAUGGCAAAAUAAUUGAACUUCUUACAUUUGAUAAUUUGUUCCUGCCACAACGACAUUCUCGCUUAAAACGCGUAGUAGAAUGACGACGGCUAUCACGUUUUCCCGCCAAAAUGACGGUGGUUGAGAAGAUCUUGUCCUCGUAGUCGUCCUCGUCUCAGAAUCUAAAGCUCUCCACUAUAUUAGUCAUGCAUACCCAGACGUUCCCCCAUAAACAUGGCGGAGGUCACUGCCCGUCCUAAAUUUUUAACGCACUCCUUAAAACAAAUUAACUGGCACACAGAUAGUUCCCGUCAUUUUACGGGCACGAAACUAUACAUAAAAACCUCCACAAGGACUUGCGACAAGCAAGUCUUGGGUCAAUCAUUUUACCUUUCCGCAUCCAGCCUUAAAACAUGAAAAAUAACCUGGGCUCUUUAAUAGUACCACAGUCCACAAGAUGUAUUAUAUUGUAUGGAGGGUGAAUUAUCACGAAAGUUCGUGCGUGUGAGCAUUUUGGACAACAAGAACUAACUGCAGAGUAAAUUUUAUUGACUUUUUUUUUUGGAAUUUCCUACAAAUUUUAGAAUCUUAUUUUUACACCAUAAAUACACUGUAAUCUUACUGGAUUCUUAUUCUGGUACUGUUAUAGAGCCUGGAUGGGUUACCUGUACUUAAAGCGGGAGCAUGACAUAUAAUCCGAAGGCUUUAUAUCCCUUAAUUAGAAAAAAGAUGAUGCGCACUUAGCUCCCUUGGCACGUAUUAUACUCAUUCUAUAUUUCCUUCCCCACGGACUCAUUCAAGACUUGAUUCUUACUCCAUGCAGAUGUAUGGGCUGAAAUAAUUCGUCUAUGAAUUCUUUGUUCUUCUUUCUAGCUUCGCAGCCAAAAGCAAUGCAGGCAAUUGAGAAUGCCAUGAAUGAAUGGAGUAGUGUAAGUUGUAUCCGGUUCAUUCGCAGGACUACAGAGCAGUCUUACAUUGAGUUCUUUAAGGGAAAAGGGUACGUUAAGUUUUAUCUGUACUGACAGUAAACUUUUUAGGAUUCCUGACUUCACGGACAAGCGUUGACCCGUGAACAUUGUCAGAUUUUGUAAGGGGGCCAACUUUGCCGAUCCCUUGAAAAUGGUCACAUUUUGUUGGGCAAACUAUACUUAACAGUAUCUAGAACAUUGUCUAUCAAAUGUUCUUGAAGUGCUAAGAAAAAAUAUCCGGCUUUUAUUUUCUCUCUAGCUGUUAUUCUAGCCUAGGAAGAACUGGAAAGAAGCAACAACUUAGUUUGGCGGCCGGAUGUUGGGGAAAAAUUACGGUGGCACACGAAAUUGGUAGGUUACUUGCAAGUUAAAUAGCCGUUAGGUCUUGCCUAACAGGCUGAACAGGGACUGUGAAAAGUAUGCGUGGUCGGGCUAGAAAGCUAAAAACGCCCAUGCAGGAACUAUACUCACAAUCCAAACCCAGUUAAGCUACAUGGUUAAUUCGUGUCAUGCAUUCGGAUGGUACACCAUGACAGUUGGAAACUUAGGGCGUCGCCAUUCCAUUGCGAAACAAAGAGACCAGUUUGUAAGGGUCGGUACUGGGUGGGAAGAAGGCAUUUACAAUUGGCGCAUAAAAUGAAAAGUGAAGUAAACAACUCAAGACUUUUUUUUUCUGUUCACAGCACAUGCCCUCGGCUUUGCUCACGAACAGUCACGACCGGAUCGAGAUGAAUACGUCACAAUUAACUUUGAGAACAUCCAGGCAGGUUGGUAACAGUUUGGUAUUUGUAAAGAAAGCGGAAAGAUAUAACUUCACUUUGGACUACUGCAAACGGCUACUAGUGCAGGCAUGUAGCAGGAGAAAAACAAAAAGAAUAAGACCAUAUAAGAUGUCUAUCUCUAAAACCCAAACUUUAUUUAAGGACCUUAAAACCAACCUACGUGCAUAAUAGGGACUUCACAUAGCAUCGACGACGGCAACGGAAGCGAAACCGUCAAUAUUUAAACGAGUUCGCGUUUUCACAAACUUUGUGGCGUUUAUUCCAACUCGCUUAAAAUGUCAAAUUUAAGUCGGAAUUUUUCUGCAGAUGAACUAGUGGGAACCACACCCAAGUUCAGAGGACAAAGAAACGACACACCUCGUCGUGUGUUUACGCGUCCUCCAUAAGUCGCCGUAUAAGGCACUUUCACGUCGUGAUCCUGCAGGAACGGCAAAGAAAGUUAGAAAUGUACAAAAAAAAGUGUGCUGCACGUGCAAAAUUAUUGUUUUGCUUAAUAAACCUAUCCUGACCUAUUCCUUUUUUCGCCAUCUCGUUGCUGUCGCCGUUAGUCGAAUGCUCUCUUAUUUUAUCUUUAGCUAGUUAAGUUCAGUCUUCUUAACUUCCAUUUAUUAUCUGUUUAGUAAUUAAUCAUGAUUUAUGGCCUUUCAGGAAAGCAGCAUAAUUUUAAGAAGUACUCGUCUUCUCAAAUCAAUUCCCUCGAUACCCCAUACGAUUAUGAAAGUGUUAUGCACUAUGGAGCUAAAUACUUCUCAAAGAACAAUCUACCGACAAUUGUGCCUAAGCAGACUGGGGUAAGUAUUAAGUAUUAAGAAAUACAUUCCAAUCAUUUCAGUAUUGACAACAUCUUGAAUUUUUGGGCAUAAGAAAAUAGCAAGAGCGCUGGGAAAGCUAGCCAAAGCAUGUAAAGGUGGAUAACGAUUCGAAUAAUUUGGCCGAUGGAGAACGGAAUGCACAGUCAACCAUUUGCUCUGUUUGUCUUGCGUUCGUGGUUAUUUAAUUCCAUUUAUGUUCAGUCGAAAUGCAAAAUGACCAGUUGUUGGGUAUCAUUUGCAAUUUCCAUAUGACUAUAUGUCUGGCAGGAAAUUAGGGCUGGAGGAUGUUUGCUAAUGCCAGUCUUAAGGAGCCUCUUAGGAACUUGAAGUCAAAUGCUUUUCGCGCCAGAAAACCAUCAAAAUUACUCCUGUACAUUUCUUUUCGUGUAAAAUAUUUAUUCAGACGCGGAUCCACACCGGCUUCCACACUGUUUUACGGAAAUCGGUCUAAUUUUUCAUUAUAAAUAUAUUUUUAGUAAUAAAAAACACUUUCCAAGUUGAGAUCUGGCCCUGGAGGAGCCUGCCCCAGGACCCAAUAGAAGCUUGUGCCUUCGGCGCUUAUUUAGGAAGGGUCAGUAUCUAUCCUAGAUCCGCGCCUGUAUUCAUGCCAUAUGCCGAGAUUUUUAAAAUUUUUUUUACCAGGUAAAGAUUGGUCAACGAAAAUAUCUCAGUGGAAUGGACAUUCUCCAGAUGAACUUACUUUACAAAUGCCGUUAA